UCCUAAAAACAAGUUUGUUACAAUUAAUCCCCUUAAUGAAAUCUCCCACAUACGAUCUAGGAGGGUUCCUAUUCCCAUCUUUCACCAAAGCAGCAGAGUCUCGCGCCAGAAUCAGCGACGAGCUCCCCAUCGGAAUGACGGCAAAUAGCUCCCAAACCCCAUCUGCCUUCACACGCCAGGUUAGCAUCAUCGCAGUUUAUUUUGAUUAUCCAACGUGUUCUGCUGAUCACGAUUGUUGUUCGACGUUUCUUGAUUACGCAUGUUCUGCUUAGAAUUAACUUAGGUUAUAGCCUACUCUAACCACUCUAUAAUUAAAAUCCCCAUGUCUGUGAUAUCAAAAUCUUUUUUUUUUUUUCCUUCUAACCAAAUCAAAUCUUUUGUUAAAAUAAAACUACAAGAUUUAAUUUUUUAUUUUUUUACCAUAUCAUUAUUAAUUUCUUUACAAAUAUCUUUUACAAAAUCUUUCUUUUCUACCCUAAGAAAACAAGAUUACCGUUAAAACAAAUCUAAAAUAAUUAUUACAAACAGUACAGCUGGCAUAAUACAGAAUCUAUAUAUACUUGAGACCCAAACAAUCACACUUCACUAGAGCGGCUACUCUGUUUCUUAUUCUUUUUGCAAUUGCAAUGGCACUUCCUCAACAAUUUUCAACUCAUAUUAGGGUUCUUGUGAUUGAUCAUGAUAUCAAUCUUCUCAAUGCUAUUGAGAAAGUAUGCUAUAAAUUCAAUUACAAAGUUAAGUCAUGCUCCAAGGUUUCUGAUGCUUUCAAUAUUUUGUUGGGAAAAAAAGAUAUUUUUGAUUUGGUGCUAAUUGAAGCUAAAAUGAAUGAUAUGGAUUCAUAUGGAUUUUUGCAACAUGUUACCCAACAAAUCAACAUCCCUGUUAUUAUGAUGUGUGAUGAUGGCUCAAGAAGUGCUGUGAUGAAGGCUAUUGAUGAUGGAGCUUGUGACUAUUGGAUCAAACCUUUAACUGAGAGUCUAAUUAUGAACAUGUGGCAACAUGUUGCAAGGAAACUUUGGAAGGAAAAUAAAAACAUAGAAUUAAUGAGUGAAGGAGUGAUCAACACUAGUGUGAAACAAGAGAGUGUUGAAAAGAAUAAUGACAAACCUGAAUCAUCAACAAAUAAGACACGUGUUAAAUGGUCACCUGAGAUGAAUAUAAAGUUUAUUAGAACUGUGGUGGAACUCAACAUUGAUAAGGCAACACCCAAAAAGAUUCUUGAAAGGAUGAAUGUGCCUGGAUUGACAAGAGAGCAUGUAGCUAGUAAAUUACAGAAAUACAGACUUGAAUUGAAGAGUGGAGGGACAAAGAAACAAAAAAAACAGAACAGAAUUGCAGAAGCUACUACAGAAUCAAAGAUUUCAAAUGAAUCUUCCGAGUUUGAUUUUCAAGCUUAUGAUGCUUCUACUCUUCAUGUUGUUCCCAAUAAUUUCAUGCCAACAAAUUUUCCUCAGCAGCCCAACAAUUUUUCUCACCAGCCUAACAAUGUUCCAAUUAAGUUUUAUCAAACUGACUCUGAGGAAGAAACAAGUUCGCCAGCUUCUAUAAACCAGCAGCAGGAUUGCAAUGGAUUUGGGACUAACUCUAUUAUUAAUCCAGCAUUUAUAAGUACUCUUAAUGCACAAUUUCCAAACGCACAAGUUCGAAAUGUUUACUUAGCCCAACAUUAUCCCUCACCAAAUUCCAAUGAUUCAACCUCUACAUAUGAUCUUUGAAAACUCGAUAUCUUAGUAGGUUUUAAUGUAUCAUACACUUCUCUUUUAUAACACAUGUUGCAUUCUAUUGA